AUGACCGAUGAUAAGCCCGCCGAAGAGCCCGCCAAGCCCAAAGUUGAAGAGACGCAGGAGGCACCGCCUUCAUCAGAUGUUGAUGUCGGCUCAUCAGGUAUCUCUCAAUUGGCCAUUGACUCCAAAUCCCCUAUUAACUCCUCCAUCGAAGUGUCCAUGACCGACGCCCUCGGCUCAAAAGUUGCUCGGGAACGAGAGGAGGAAGAGGAUGAUGAGCCGCUUGCCAAGCGAGCAAAGACUGAGCCAAAGGAUGAAGGUGCAGUCAUCACGGCGACACCCAAAAGUGAGAACGCUGGUACGCCCGGACCUGGUAGCGAUCGUGGUCUGGGACGCCUUGCUUCUCUGCAAAAGUGGGGUGACUCAGGAGUCCGUGAAAAGAAAAUUUCGCCCUUCCAGCGUCGCGAAAUUCGAAAGAUUAUCGGCAGAGUAAAGAAGACCAAACAUGGUGGUCACUUCCGGGAUUCCGUCCCGAAGCUGUGGCCGGCACUGGGAGAGUCUUACUUGGCAAGGAUUGAGAAUCCCAUGGACCUGGCUGAGAUUGACCGAGGCCUCCGCGACCCCAACAGCAUUUACACUACGUUUGGUGACGUGCAAAAGGACCUGCAACUCAUUUUUGAGAACACUUUGACCUUCAACGGCGCCUUACACGAUGUUACAGAUGCAGCAUUCUACGCAGUACGAAAUGUAUGGCAAGAGGCCGUUACCAUCCCCGACGACGAGCCUGCGCGGCCCAAAUCCGUAGCCAAGCCGAAGCCUCCCCGCGAGCCUCGCGUCUUACCAGGCGGACCCCCAGACAGUGCCGCGCGAAGGCAAUCCUCAGGGCCUGCAUCCAGCCCGCCACCCCCCGUGAAUGAACCGAAACCGAAGCCCCAGGCCGCAGAGCCUAUUGCGGAUCGUCGCGGCUCAACAGCCACAGACGGAGAUAGACCAAAACGGACGGUAAGGGCACCGAAGCCCAAGGAUAUCGAUUAUACCACUAAGCCUUCUCGCAAGAAACUCAAGCCCGAAUUGCAAUUUUGCGACGAGGUACUGGCGGAGCUCAUGCAUCCCAAGAACUCGACGCUCAAUAUGUGGUUCCUCGAUGCCGUCGACGCUGAAGGCCUCAACAUUCCCGACUACUACGCCAUUAUCAAGAAGCCCAUGGACCUGGGCAAGGUGUUGCGCAUGGUCAGCGCGGGCGAGAUUGCCAACGCCAAGGAAUUUGACAAGAACAUGCGUCUCAUCUUCACCAACUGCUACCAGUUCAAUGGACCUCCUGAGCAGGGCAACCCCGUAUCUAUGGUAGCCAAGCAGCUUGAAGACCUCUACAACCAGCAGCUGAAGGGCAAGGAUGCAUGGCUGGCUAGAUACGCCAAGGCAAAUGCACCCGCUGCGUCCGCCUCCAACGCUAGUGACGACGAGGAAGAGGAUGACAGCGAGGAAGAGGAUGCUGGCGCCCCGAGCGUAGAUAACUCCAAGGAAAUCCAGGAACUUAAGGCGAAGCUGGAAGAAGAGAGCAGUAAACUCAACCGCAUGUUUGCUUCCGGCACGCCGCAGGCUCUGAUUGAAUGCCAAAAGGUCAUUGUCGAGACUGUGCAGCAGGCCCUUUACAAAGUGGCGCAGAGCCAGGGUGGCGAGGGCAAGGCCAAGCACCAAGACAAGUCGGCCAAGAAGUCAGCCAAGCCAAGCAAGAGCAAGGCGGCCGGCAGCGCCCCGGCGCGUAAGUCGUCUAGCCACGCACCCCCUCCCAAGAAGUCGGGCGUUGCCAAGAAGCCAGCCCCCAAGAAGAGCCUGUCGGCAGCCGACAAGGAUCAAAUCGCGAGCGCCAUCAACGAUCUUGAAUACCCCCAUCUCGACCGAGCUAUUGACAUAAUUAAGCGCGAUACGGGUCAAAACGAAAAUAACGAAGGCGAACUCGAGCUGGAUAUUGACCAGCUCAGCAACGAGGCGCUGAUCAAGCUAUGGGAGCUUUGCAAGAAGGUGCUCCCUGGAUUCGGUAAAGAUUCAAACGCCACAGCAAAGUCGCCGGAAGUUAAUAGGGCGGUCCCCGCAAAGCAGGCUCCUAAAUCGGCUUCGAAGCCUAAGAAGAACAAACCCAUGAGCGCGCAGGAGCAGGAGGCACGCAUCGCACAGUUGACAGCCAUUUCACAGCUGUACAAGCCCGGACAAGAGCCUGCCGAUGACGCACCUUCUGCGCCGGGGCCUGGUCGUCAUGACGAGUCGAGCGAUGACUCUGAUUCGGAAGAAGAGUAA